UCCAAGGAGAUUUGCUGUGUUGCUCGAGAGCUGGAAACGAGAGCGACUCGGAGCAUAGAAGAGAGGAGAGGGACGAAGAAAGCAAUUUUCUCACGUUUUAACUCAAUUCUCACGAAUCAGAAGCCCCUCGCAUCUCUCUCUUUCUCUCUUCACCUACAAAAAUGCCAGCUUCUGAAGAUAGGAGGGGGAAAUGGAAACGGCGGAAGCGAGGUGGUUUAUUGGCGAGGAAGCCGAAGCAAGAGGAGGAAGAUAUGGAGGAAGACGAGGAGGAGAACAACAACAACAACAACGACGAAAUGGAGGACGUUGAUAAUGCCGAUGAGCUUCAGCAAAACGGCGGCGCAACUCCGGAUCCGGGACCCGGUAAUGGCGAGGUAGUGGAAGAUUCCGGUGCGCGCAUCUCUGACUUCCCCUCCGUGGUCAGACGCGUGGUGAUCCGGCCACACGCGUCUGUAACGGCGCUUGUGGCGGCUGAGAGAGCUGGUUUGAUAGGGGAGACUAGAGGGCAAGGCUCGCUUCCAGCUCUGGAGAAUAUUUCGUUUGGGCAAUUGCAGGCGUUAUCUACUGUACCGGCUGAUCAUCCGUCCCUUGAUAUUGAGACAAGUGAUGGAUCGUCUUCGGCUUAUGUUAUCUCUCCACCACCUAUUAUGGAAGGAGAAGGAGUUGUUAAACGGUUUGGGGAUCUCGUUCAUGUCUUGCCUAUGCAUUCAGAUUGGUUUGCACCAAACACAGUGGAUCGGCUUGAAAGGCAAGUGGUGCCCCGAUUCUUCUCUGGAAAAUCGCCAAAUCGUACACCUGAAAGUUAUAUGGAAUUCAGGAACGCCAUCGUUUCAAAAUACUUGGAUAACCCUGAAAAGACACUGGCGAUUUCUGAUUGCCAAGGAUUGGUAUAUGGUGUUGACUUUGAAGAUUUCGCACGAGUUUUCCGUUUUCUUGAUCACUGGGGAAUAAUUAAUUACUGUGCCACUGUCGAAGGUCAUCCUGGGCCUUCUAGGGAUGUAUUAGAUGUUAGGGAGGAUACAAAUGGUGAGAUCCAUGUACCAUCUGCUGCUUUAACAUCUAUUGAUAGUUUGAUCAAAUUUGACAAGCCCAACUGUAGACACAAGGCAGCCGAAGUCUAUUCAUCCUUGUCAUGUUCGGAUGGUGACCUCCCUGACUUGGACAUCAGGAUUCGUGAACACCUAUGCGAAAGCCAUUGCAACCAUUGUUCUCGACCGCUUCCAACUGUGUACUUCCAAUCGCAAAAGAAGGGGGAUAUACUCUUAUGCUCUGAUUGUUUUCACCAUGCAAGAUUUGUUGUUGGACAUUCUUGUGUUGACUUUGUAAGAGUGGAUAAAACCAAAGAUUAUGGCGAUCAAGAUGGUGACAGUUGGACUGAUCAGGAAACUCUCUUGCUUCUUGAAGCUGUGGAACUCUACAAUGAAAACUGGGUUCAGAUUGCGGAGCAUGUUGGUUCCAAAUCAAAAGCUCAAUGCAUUCUUCAUUUUCUUCGAUUACCUGUGGAGGAUGGUCUUUUGGAUAGUUUUGAGGUUACAGAUGUAACUAAUUCGGCAAACCCUACAAAUGGAUAUGACCACAAAGGAAGAGAUUCAAAUGGGACUAUACCAGGAUCUUCUGAGCAAGAUUCUGACACUGAAAUCAAGCUUCCUUUUGUGAAGUCUCCGAAUCCGGUUAUGGCAUUGGUUGCAUUUUUGGCAUCAGCUGUUGGACCUCGAGUUGCUGCGUCCUGUGCCCUUGAGUCCCUCGCGGUAUUAUCUGAGGAUGAUAGGAUGAAAUCUGACGGCUUGCAAGGAAAAGAACCUAGCUUGGUUGAUGGAGAAAAUCAGCAGCUAGAUGAAAACUCGGGAGUACAUAAAACGGCAUGCCAAAACGGAGCAGAACCUCAGACUCCAUUGCCACAGGAUAAGGUUAUGGCAGCAUUUAGGGCUGGUCUAUCAGCUGCAGCUACAAAAGCAAAACUGUUUGCGGAUCAUGAGGAACGCGAGAUCCAAAGGCUUUCUGCAAAUAUCGUAAAUCACCAGCUGAAAAGGAUGGAGCUGAAGCUAAAGCAGUUUGCAGAGAUAGAAACAUUGUUGAUGAAAGAAUGCGAACAAGUAGAGAAAACCCGUCAGAGAUUUGCUGCAGAAAGAGCACGAAUGCUCUCAGCAAGAUUCGGAUCAGCUGGAGGAAUCUCUCCACAGACUAAUAAUAAUAAUAAUAAUCUCCAAGGCAUGUCUCUAUCCACGGGUGGUAACAACAUCAAUUCUCUUCUGCAGCAGCAGCAGCAGCAACAGCAAGUCUCAGCUUGCACUUCUCAACCAAGCAUCAUCCCGGGAUUCAGCAACAACCCACAAGUUCAUGCGCAGAUGCAGUUCAUGGCACGCCAACAGCAACAGCAACAACAACAACAACAACAACAAGCGUUCUCAUUUGGCCCGAGAUUGCCUCUCAAUGCGAUACAGACGAAUGCAGGAUCAACGGCUUCACCAAAUGUCAUGUUUGGCAACAGCCAACUUAAUAACCCUGCAGGUGCAGCAGCAUCCAUGAACCAGCCUUCGUUUAGUCACCCGAUGGUUAGGUCUACCACGGGUUCUGGCUCCGGGUCUGGCUUAGGCUUAAACUAAGAGUCUAAGACCCCAUCUCUAGCUUAUUUAGCUUACUUAGCUUAUAUCAGUCUCAAUAUUUUAUUUUGCCCGGGUUAUUUGGAGCCAAGUUAUUGGCCUUGAGACGAGCCCGUUAGUGUUGUUCUAAGUUAGUAUCUUGUAGUAUCAAAAAGUUUCUGAAACAUCAUUGUUAAUUAAACAGUUACCAAAAUCUAUAUUCCUGUAUCUCUUCCCAAACCUUGGUAAAUUUCAUAAAAUCAUUUGAACUGAUCUUACA